AUGUCGUCCGCUAAAGAUAACAACAACGACGUCGACGACGACGAUACAAUCGAUGAGGAUGAGAUUGAUGACUGGUUAGAUUCUGACGAGGACGACGAGGACAAUACCAAGAAAAAGGAGGAGGAGAAAGAGGAAACACUUUUGAAUGCCGUUGAAAAACAAGAACAAGAACGCGAGAGGAAGAGGAAUGAACAAGAAGAAGAAGAAGAAGAAGACGAAGAAAAGAGAGAACGCGAAGAAGAGCGAGAAAAGCAAAGACGCGAGCAAGUUGAAUUGGAGGCUCGUCGGGCUGCGGAAAUUGCAGCUGCUCGAAAGAAACAAGAGGAGGAAGAGGCAGAAGCGAAAAGGAGGCAAUUUCAAGAGCAGGAGAAAAGGCUGAGAGAAGAAAAAGCCAAAGCGGAACUAGAGGCAACGCGUCAGAUGGAAGAAGAGAGACGCGAGCGAGAAGAAACCUUGAGAAAAGAAGUUGCUGGCCGCGACACGGAGGCUGCGUCGUUUGAAGCAAAGAAAAGCGAGCAGGCUACGAUAGAGGUACUAGACGCUGUUGGAGAGAGAAAUAACGCGCACCAUCAUCAACCGCCAAACGAGUUUGACGAGCUCGCGCAAUCGUCGACAGUAGUUGGUGGUUUAUUCGGGAGUUUCAAAGCAUUGAAAAGCGCUGCGUCCAAAACAGUGACCGCUAUGAAAUCGCACGAGUUUACUCGCCAAAUGACGAGCGAUAUACGAGAACUUAGCAAACACAUCGCCGGUGAUGAUGUCGCAGCGCCUUCAACAAAAAUACCAACAACAACAGAACUCGGCGAAGAUGAUCGCACGAGACAACGUGCAAGAGAUGAAGUCGACGCGUUAGAGAUUGCAGAGAAGCUCGCUUCAAAAACUUGGCACGCAAUUGGUGGUAUUACAAACAAAGGUAAGAAAUUAGCAAGCGACGUCGAAGGUUCGAUUAAAGAAAAGGGAUUAGGAGCAACGGCAGAGAAAUACGGAAAGAGCGCCUUAUUCGGUAUAGAAAAAGUUCUUGCCAACGCCACGAAAGUAAUAGCUGCGGGGAUUGAAGAUGAAACACGCGCAAAUAGUCGCUUAGCGGAAAAUCUUCAAGAGUACGGGGUGUUUGAGUACUUAGAUGCAAUCGACGUGAAGACGAAGGAUGCCGAAGAAAAAUUUAAAGCGCUCGAUUUCGAGGCGGCUAAUUUUAUGGCCAAGGCGUGCGCCGAUAUCUUAUCUCCUGCACAAAGUCAAGAAAUGGGGUCACCUUUGAAAAUUAAUACGAAUCAGGAAUUUGAAGAGAUGGAUAUGCAUAAUCACGAAGCGGAAACCUCUCCUGUGAAGAAAUCCGGGAAGAUUCACGCUCAAAAGGUAGCAGAAUCAGUUCAGCGCGUAAGCGCACUUUUGCAAGAUGCGAUGAGAAAACCGGAUGAAAGUGCAACGAAAAAAGCGCUAAACAUGAUAGAAAUAGCAGAAAGUGAACUCGAGGGUGUUCGAGAAAGCGCGAUAGUUGCCUUUACCGAAUUGACGGUUUUUGGUAUGCAACAAUUUGAGGAGGUGAGCGAAGCGUUGAGCAAAGACGAAAUCGAUGUAUCGCGUUGGGGUUCGACGGUAGAAUCUCGCGCGAAGUACGUAGAAACAACAAUUUGCAGGGUUGAGAACGAAAUUCGUUUGUUCCGAAAUGCCGUUUCGACUGAAGUUGAAGCACUGGGAGCAUUUUCUACGAAUGCGGGAGGAAACAUUCCAACAGUUUUGGAAGUUGUCGCAUCGCUUCUCGACGACAUCGAUAAUGAUUUACUCGAAUGUUUGGACAUCUUCGAGGACGCAAAAGGCAUGAUUAUCCCAGCGAUUGUGGUGAGUUGUUUGUGA